AUGGAGCCGCCGCGGCACCACGGAGGCGCCCGGGACGGCCGGCCCGAGCCCCCGGGUCCCGGCGCGGAGCCGGCGGGCGGGCGAGGCGGAGGCGGAGGAGGAGGAGGAGGAGGAGGAGGAGGCAGCGGAGGAGGAGGAGGAGGAGGAGGAGGAGCAGGAGCGGGAGCUGUGGCGGCGGCGGCCGCGGCGGCGGCGGCAGCAGCAGCAGCAGGCGGCGGCGGCGGCGGCUAUGGGGGCCCGUCCGCGGGCUUCGGGGCGCUGAGCUCCCCCCGGCAGCAGGGCGGCGGCGGCGGCGGCGGCGGCGGCGGCGGCGGCGGCAUGAUGAUGGGCCCCGGGGGCGGCGGGGCCGCCAGCCUGAGCAAGGCGGCCGCGGGCGCGGCGGCGGCGGGGGGCUUCCAGCGCUUCGCCGGGCAGAACCAGCACCCGUCGGGGGCCACCCCGACCCUCAACCAGCUGCUCACGUCGCCCAGCCCCAUGAUGCGGAGCUACGGCGGCGGCGGCUACCCCGACUACAGCAGCCCCAGCGCGGCCCCGCCGCCGCCGCCGCCGGCGUCGCAGCAGCCCCAGUCCCAGGCGGCGGCGGCGGCAGCGGCGGCGGCGGCGGCGGCGGCGGCGGCGGCGGGGGCGGCGGCGGCGGCGGGCGGCCAGCAGGCGGCCGCGGGCAUGGGCUUGGGCAAGGACAUGGGCGCCCCGUACGCCGCCGCCGCCGCCGCCAGCCCGGCCUGGGCGGCCGCGCAACAAAGGAGCCACCCGGCGAUGAGCCCCGGCACCCCCGGCCCGGCCUUGGGCCGAUCCCAGGGCAGCCCGAUGGACCCCAUGGCGAUGAAGAGGCCCCAGCUCUACGGGAUGGGCGCGAACCCCCACUCGCAGCCCCCGCAGAGCGGCCCGUACCCCGCAGGCUCCUACGGGCCCCCGGGCCCCCAGCGGUAUCCGAUGGCACUCCAGGGUCGGACCCCCGGCGCCAUGGGGGGGAUGCAGUACCCGCAACAGCAGAUGCCGCCGCAGUACGGACAGCAGGGCGUGGGCGGGUACUGCCAGCAGGGCCAGCAGCCCUACUACAACCAGCAGCCGCAGCACCUCCCGCCGCAGGCGCAGUACCUGCCGUCGCAGCCCCAGCAGCGCUACCAGCAGGACAUGUCUCAGGAAGGCUAUGGAACUAGGUCUCAACCUCCACUGGCUCCCGGAAAGCCCAACCACGAAGACUUGAACUUAAUCCAACAGGAAAGACCAUCCAGUCUACCAGACCUGUCUGGCUCCAUCGACGACCUGCCCACGGGGACGGAAGCCACGCUGAGCUCAGCCGUGAGUGCCUCCGGGUCCACGAGCAGCCAAGGGGACCAGAGCAACCCGGCCCAGUCGCCGUUCUCGCCUCACGCGUCCCCCCACCUGUCGGGCAUCCCCGGGGGCCCGUCGCCGUCCCCCGUCGGCUCGCCCGUGGGAAGCACCCAGUCGCGCUCCGGCCCCAUCUCUCCUGCCAGUAUUCCAGGGAGCCAGCUGCCCCCUCAGCCUCCCGGGAGCCAGUCCGAGCCCAGUUCCCAUCCCGCCUUGAGUCAGUCGCCAAUGCCACAGGAAAGAGGGUUCAUGGCUGGCUCCCAGAGAAACGCUCCGAUGGCUCAGUACGGCCCCCAGCAGGCCGGGCCGUCCAUGGCGUCCCACCCUUCUCCCGGCGGCCAGCUGCACCCCGGGAUCAGCGGCUUCCCACAGAGCAACUCCAGCGGCACUUACGGUCCCCAGAUGGGCCAGUACGGACCCCAAGGUAACUACUCCAGGCCCCCAACAUAUAGCGGGGUGCCCAGCGCAAGCUACAGCGGCCCGGGGCCUGGCAUGGGCAUCAAUGCCAACAACCAGAUGCAUGGACAAGGGCCAAGCCAGCCGUGCGGUGCUAUGCCCCUGGGCCGGAUGCCACCCGCCGGGAUGCAGAACAGGCCAUUUACCGGCAACAUGGGCAGCAUGACCCCCGGUUCGCCCGGCAUGUCCCAGCAAGGGGGGCCAGGAAUGGGACCACCCAUGCCGACCGUGAACCGGAAGGCGCAGGAGGCAGCCGCCGCGGUGAUGCAAGCCGCUGCCAACUCGGCCCAGAGCAGGCAAGGCAGCUUCCCCGGCCUGAACCAGGGCGGACUCAUGGGCUCCGGCUCGCCCUACAGCCAGCCCGUCAACAACAGCGCCGGCCUGGUGAACGCCCAGGCGCCCCCCUACAGCAUGGCGUCCAACAUGGUCAACAGCUCCACAGCCUCUAUGGGUCUUGCAGAUAUGAUGUCUCCGGGGGAAUCCAAGUUGCCCAUGACCCUCAAGGCCGACGGCAAGGAGGAAGGCGCCACCCCGGCCGACAGCAAGGCCAAGGAUAGCUACAGCUCGCAAGGGGUCUCGCAGCCCCCCACCCCUGGCAACCUGCCCGUCCCGUCCCCGAUGUCGCCCAGCUCCGCCAGCAUCUCCUCCUUCCACGGGGACGAGAGCGACAGCAUCAGCAGCCCGGGCUGGCCCAAGACCCCCUCCAGCCCCAAGUCCAGCUCAUCCACCACCACGGGGGACAAGAUCACCAAGGUGUACGAGCUGGGCAACGAGCCGGAGCGGAAGCUGUGGGUGGACCGCUACCUGAGCUUCAUGGAGGAGCGGGGCUCGCCCGUGGCCAGCCUGCCCGCCGUGGGCAAGAAGCCCCUGGACCUGUUCCGCCUCUAUGUCUGUGUCAAGGAGAUCGGGGGCUUGGCCCAGGUCAACAAGAACAAGAAGUGGCGGGAGCUGGCCACCAGCUUGAGCGUGGGCACGUCCAGCAGCGCGGCCAGCUCCCUGAAGAAGCAGUACAUCCAGUACCUGUUCGCCUUCGAGUGCAAGAUCGAGCGCGGGGAGGAGCCACCGCCCGAGGUCUUCAGCUCGGGCGACACCAAGAAGCAGCCCAAACUGCAGCCGCCCUCGCCCGCCAACUCAGGAUCUCUGCAAGGCCCCCAGACCCCCCAGUCGACGGGCAGCAACUCGAUGGCCGAGGUCCCAGGCGACCUGAAGCCGCCCACGCCGGCGUCCACGCCGCACGGACAGAUUACCCCGAUGCAAGGGGGCAGAAGCAGCACCGUCAGCGUGCACGACCCCUUCUCCGACGCCAGCGAGUCGUCUUUCCCCAAGCGGAACUCCAUGACCCCGAGCGCCCCCUACCAGCAGGGCCUGGGCAUGCCAGACGUGAUGGGCAGGGUGCCCUACGAGCCCAACAAGGACCCCUUUGGCGGGAUGCGGAAAGUGCCUGGCAGUAGUGAGGCCUUCCUGGCGCAGGGACAGAUGCCCGCCAGCAGCAUGCAGGACGUGUACAACCAGAGUCCCUCGGGGGCCAUGUCUGCCCUGGGCAUGGGGCAGCGGCAGCAGUUUCCCUACGGAGCCAGUUACGACCGGAGGCAUGAACCCUACGGGCAGCAGUACCCGGGCCAAGGCCCCCCCUCAGGACAGCCGCCAUAUGGAGGGCACCAGCCUGGCCUGUACCCUCAGCAGAACUACAAGCGCCACAUGGACGGCAUGUACGGGCCCCCGGCCAAGCGCCACGAGGGAGACGUGUUCGGCGUGCAGUACGGCGGCCAGCAGCCGGAGCUCUACAACCAGUACGGGGGCUCCUUCCCGGGGCCCGAGCGGCGGCCGCUGCAGGGCCAGUACCCCUACCCCUACGGCCGGGAGCGCAUGGCCGGCCCGGGCCAGAUGCAGCCGCACGGGCUCCCGCCACAGAUGCUGGGCGGCCCCCUGCCCUCAUCCUCGGGCGACGGGCCACAGCAGGGCAUGUGGGCAGCACGCAAUGAUAUGCCUUACCCCUACCAGAACCGGCAGGGCCCCGGCGGCCCCGCACAGGCCCCCCCCUACCCAGGCAUGAACCGCACCGAUGAGAUGAUGGUCCCCGAUCAGAGGAUCAACCACGAGAGCCAGUGGCCUUCCCACGUCAGCCAGCGUCAGCCUUACAUGUCGUCGUCCGCCUCCAUGCCGCCCAUCACGCGGCCCCCACAGCCCCCCUACCAGAACCCGCCGUCACUGCCAAACCACAUCUCCCGGGCGCCCAGCCCCGCCUCCUUCCAGCGCUCCCUGGAUAGCCGCGUCUCCCCGAGCAAGUCCCCGUUCCUGCCGUCCAUGAAGAUGCAGAAGGUCAUGGCCACGGCGCCCUCGGCCCAGGUCUCGGGGCCGCCCCCGCAGCCGCCGCCCAUCCGGCGGGAGAUCACCUUCCCCCCCGGCUCGGUGGAGGCCUCGCAGCCUGUCCUGAAACCAAGGCGAAAGAUUACCUCAAAAGACAUCGUUACCCCUGAGGCCUGGCGUGUGAUGAUGUCGCUCAAGUCAGGUCUUCUGGCCGAGAGUACGUGGGCUCUGGACACUAUUAAUAUCCUCCUGUAUGACGACAGCACUGUCGCGACCUUCAACCUCUCCCAGUUGUCUGGAUUUCUCGAACUUUUAGUAGAGUACUUUAGGAAAUGCCUGAUUGACAUUUUUGGAAUCCUGAUGGAGUAUGAAGUGGGCGACCCCAGCCAAAAAGCACUUGACCACGCGGCGAGGAAAGAGGAGGGUCAGGCCGAGGCUUCCGGGCGGGAGGACGACGACGCGGGCUGCCUGGACGAGGAGGACGAGGACGAAGAGGACGAGGAGGAAGACCAGGAGAAGCCGGCCCCGGGCGAGGAGAAGGGCACGGGGACCCCGCCCUCGCCCGAGGCCGCCGCCACAGCCACCACCACCGAGAAGCCCCGGCAAGCCAGCAAGUUCGACAAGCUGCCCAUCAAGAUCGUCAAGAAGAACAACCUGUUCGUGGUGGACCGCUCGGCCCGGCUGGGCCGCGUGCAGGAGUUCGACAGCGGGCUCCUGCACUGGCAGCUGGGCGGCGGGGACACCACCGAGCACAUCCAGACGCACUUCGAGAGCAAGAUGGAGAUCCCCCCUCGGCGGCGGCCGCCCCCUGCCCCGCCGGGCCCCGCGGGCAGGAAGAGAGAGCCGGCCGGGGGAGGCGAGAGCGGCACCGACCCGCCGCCGCCGGCCCCCGAGAGGGGCAUCGUGGCCACCAUCGACGACGUGCUGUCGGCGCGCCCGGGGGCCCUGCCCGAAGACGCCCCGCCGGGCCCCCCCUUCGGCAUCCACCAGGCCAAGAGCCACCGGAACAUCCGGCUGCUGGAGGACGAGCCCCGCAGCCGGGACGAGGCGCCGCUGUGCACCGUGGCCCACUGGCAGGACUCCCUGGCCAAGCGCUGCAUCUGCGUGUCCAACAUCGUCCGCAGCCUGUCCUUCGUGCCUGGCAACGACGCCGAGAUGUCCAAACACCCGGGCUUGGUGCUGAUCCUGGGCAAGCUGAUCCUCCUCCACCACGAGCACCCCGAGAGGAAGCGGGCCCCGCAGACCUACGAGAAGGAGGACGACGAGGACAAGGGGUUGGCCUGCAGCAAGGGCGAGUGGUGGUGGGACUGCCUCGAGGUCUUGCGGGACAACACGCUGGUGACGCUCGCCAACAUCUCGGGGCAGCUGGACCUGUCCGCGUACACGGAGAGCAUCUGCUUGCCGGUCCUGGACGGGCUGCUGCACUGGAUGGUGUGCCCGUCGGCCGAGGCCCAGGACCCCUUCCCGACGGUGGGGCCCAACUCCGUGCUGUCCCCGCAGAGACUCGUGCUGGAGACCCUCUGUAAGCUCAGCAUCCAGGACAAUAACGUGGACCUGAUCCUGGCCACGCCGCCCUUCAGCCGGCAGGAGAAGUUCUACGCCACGCUCGUCCGGUACGUGGGGGACCGCAAGAACCCGGUGUGCCGGGAGAUGUCCAUGGCGCUCUUGUCGAACCUGGCCCAGGGGGACGCGCUGGCGGCCCGGGCCAUAGCCGUGCAGAAGGGCAGCAUCGGCAGCCUGAUCAGCUUCCUGGAGGACGGGGUCACCAUGGCCCAGUACCAGCAGGGUCAGCACAACCUCCUGCACAUGCAGCCGCCGCCCCUCGAGCCGCCCAGCGUGGACAUGAUGUGCCGGGCGGCCAAGGCGCUGCUGGCCAUGGCGCGCGUGGACGAGAACCGCUCCGAGUUCCUGCUGCACGAGGGCCGCCUGCUGGACAUCUCCAUCUCGGCCGUGCUGAACUCGCUGGUGGCCUCGGUGGUGUGUGACGUUCUCUUUCAGAUCGGGCAGUUAUGACCCCCGUGAGGAGGCGCAUGUGCGGUGGAGGCCCGGGCUCCCGGGUCCCUGGCUCUUUUCUGUUCUCGUUCAUCCAGCGUAGAAAGAAGGAAGAGAAAAAACAACAA